AUGGAAGGACAAGACCGGCUACAUGCUGUUGAGCUGGUUAAGCAGUGCGGAAAUCAUGUUCCAAUGACAAUUGCUCGGCUUGAUGGACUCAUCAGACAUCAGAAAGAUGUAUCUGCAGAAAUGCUCGCAUCUGCUGCCCGUAAGAAGUCAUUCAGCUCCUCCUCAGGAGAUCUGCUCAAUGCUCCGAAAGGUGGAAGUGGACAAUCAAGAACACCACCAGCACCCCGAAGAGCUGCCAACCGAAGACAGAGAGCAGUCAGUGAUUUUGGAGCAAUCGGAGAUGCAUUACCAACUCUUGAUGGUGAUAAUCUGAUUAACAUCAAAGCGAUUUCGGGACUUCAUCUAGAUGAAUCAGACGAGGAAAAAGGUGAAUAUCGCUUACCGACGACUUCAAUGUAUGCUUUCGAUCGAGAUGACGAUUUGCAACAGUCGAUAAAGGAAACCAAAAAACCAGCCCCGGAACCAAAAACCGGAGAACUUCGAAAAUAUCGAUAUGCCAGACGAUCAAAUCUCGAAAUCGCCGAAGAGAUUGAAGAAGAGCCGGCUGAUUCAUCAGAUGACGAAGGGCAGAUCGAUGAUUCAAAACGUGUGAUUGAUGUUGAAUUGGAUCGGAAUGAGAAUGGAUCUCUCGGCGUUCAAAUCGCAUCACUCGGCGGUCGCGUAUGCAUCAAACAGCUGACAUCGGAACCAGCUAUUUCUCAUCCGGACAUUCGUGUUGGUGAUGUUCUUCUCUACGUAAACGGAAUUGCCGUUGAAGGAAAAGUUCAUCAAGAAGUUGUUGCAAUGCUGAGAGGAGGAGGAGAUCGUGUCGUUCUCGGAGUGCAACGACCACCACCACCAUAUUCGGAUCAAGUUAAUCCGUCUUCUGCGUCUGCUCCCCUCAUCUCGGUUAUGCUUCAAAAGAAACCAAUGGGUACUCUAGGUCUGUCACUUGCUAAAAGAACAAUGAGUGACGGUAUCUUCAUUCGAAAUAUUGCUCAAGACUCUGCAGCUGCUUACGAAGGAACUCUACGAGUUGGUGAUCGUCUUGUUUCACUGGACGGUGAACCAGUCGAUGGAUUCACUCCAGCUACAAUUCUCGUAAAACUGAAACUGGUGCAAGGACCGGUUCAAAUUACAGUAACAAGAGAUCAGGCUUCAGAUCGUUAA